AUGAAAAGAGUGCAUCUGAGGCUGUAUCGUGGAAAGCAGCAAUAACGUCGCAUGACGUAUUCGCAAUGAUAUAUCCUGGAAACCAGAGGUUGGUCGGCAUGGUUUUUGAGAAAGUCAAGUCCAGGAUCAAUCAGACCUUUAUAACAGUAACAGAUGCUAUGGCACUGUCCCUUGUCCAACUUCAAGAGAAAUUUCACAGACAGAAUAAUUCCUGGUGUAAAUAAGACAUGGGGUGACCUUGGGGAAACCUACAUCAAGCAACUUACCUGAAGGUUAUUUCCCAUCUGAAUGAAAUUCCCGUACCUGGUUCUGAAAAAUCUCUGGGUGAAGUGGUGGUGAUGGUACAUCGACGUUUACAGGCAUACCGUGAAGAGCUCAAGGCUAGGUUUUAUGAUACGUUUCCAGGACAUAUUCUUCAACAUUCUGGUAUUCGUGAAAAAAUAAUACACUUCGUGUCUGAAAGAAUACCACAGUAUCUGAAGUCAUUACAGAAACAGCGCCCUCCAUUUACAAGGACAACAUUUGCAAGAAAAAUCAUGCCUCUGAUUGAGAAACGCUUAAGAGAAGCUAAGACAUCCUUCAAUGUUUCCCAUCCAUUUAUUUGGGAAAAGUUUUUGAGCAUUCCUCGGGUGAGCCAUUCUGCACGUGCAAUUGCCACUGCACUGGCAAGGAACAUCCCACGCUACAUGCGUAGGGAAUGGGCCUGGAAGACCUUCUCGUUCAACGGUAUCCUGUUUGGAGACAAUCUGGUCCACACAUUUGAUGGUCAGCUGUACAGACUUCCAGAGUUCAAGUUGGACAAAUGCUCACAUCUCCUAGCAGCUGACUUCAAAGACGGGAAAUUUGCACUGAUUUCCUCCAGAGAAAGUAUCACUUACUUCAGCCCAUCUACCACCAUCAGAUUAAGCAACCGUUGCAAGGUUCAUUUGGAUCAAAGUCCGAUCCCUACUGAAUUACCGUGGCAGAGCUCAGAUGAGCAAACAUCUGUGACUAUUGAUGGUGGCCUAGUGGACAUGAACAUCAAGAAAUGGGGCAUUAAACUCAGUUGUGACAUCCAUGAAAGACGCACGUACAUCAAUCUUUCUGGGUUCCAUUUCAACCAUUCACUUGGCAUUCUGGGAACAAAUGACCGGGAACCUAGCACUGAUUUCCGUCUCCCCAGUGGCCAAGUGACAAGAAGCAUCAGCAAGUUCCUUAAUUCCUAUGAACUUAGUGGUGACUCCAGCUGCCUACACGACGAUGUACCCAAGACAUGCGAAAGAUCUUCCCUGAAGAAAUGUCAGGAGUACUUCCAGCUGUCCUCAUCACCACUGAAAGCAUGCUUUAUGCACAUUAACCCAAGACAGUUCAUGGAAUCCUGUAAUUCCAUCACUCAAGACUGUGACGUAGACAACCCAAAACAAUUAGCCUGUGAUCUCAGUAGUGCUUAUGUGAAGAUCUGCAGGCAAAGAGGAAUCCUUGUUAAUGAGCCUUGUGGAUUUUGUGGGAGGAAAUCACUGGGUGACAUCUGGAGAGAAGACGUUCAAGAUAAGGCAGCUGACAUAGUGUUUGUAAUCUCACGUCACCGCAGUGUAGCCAAGGGAAGUAACCUGGCAGAGGGUGUUAUGAACAUUGUCAAGAAGAUGAAGUACCAGGAUGAUCAGUACGGCCUUGUCACCUAUGGCAGUGCCAUGCUGCGAAGCCAGGCUCUCACACAUACCCUAGGGGGAGACAUGUUUGGUUCAGAGAAGGAUCUAGAGAGUGCCUUGAGACACCUUACCUUGGAUUCAAAUACUCACUACCCAGCUUUUGAAGCCUUGAUGAAGGCUCUGAACUUUAACUUCAGACCUAAUGCCCACAGAAUGAUUUUCCUAAUCACAGAAUGGACUCAUGCUACAGUAGAGAGCAGCAUCUAUACCCCGCAAAUGCUUUCUCUUUUGAAGAACAACUCUAUUACUCUCCAUAUCAUUUCUAUGUAUGAGCCUCUGUCAUCUUCACGGGUGGUAGCUGUACGUUACAAUGACCAGGCCACCGUGUCGAAAGGCCGUAGUUUGAAAAUAGCUCUAGCCCAGGAUGAAUAUACUCAGCUCUUGAAGGUGUCCAAAGGGUCGAUGUUCUACUUGGAAAAGAUUAUGACUGCUGGAAAGAAGUUGUUGCGUCAUUUCCAGAGAUAUAUUCAGGAGGAAACAGAAUCUAAUCAUGCUGGCAUGUGUCGAGAAUGUGGCUGUUAUGCAGGCCCAACAGGAGCAAGUGUGACCAUGUGCAAGUUUGUAAAGUGCUGACCAGAACAUGUUAGCGCAGUCUUGCAGCAGACCAGUGUAUAGCUUCCAAUGGAAUAAUCCACCAGAGUUUGUAGUUUGAUGUGUAUAGCAUCAAGAAAUAACUUGUAACUUUGUGGGUGUAUGUACUGUGUGAACAUACAGAAUUUUGUAGUGUUCUUUCAUGCAUGUCCCACUCAAAUUACAUGCUUGUGUACUUACUCAACCAAGUUUUCUUUUCUAUCCGAGAAUUCACUGCACUAUUCCAUUUGUGAAAAACAUAAACAGUAUUUUUGUAUAUAUCCCUGAAAAAAUCUGUCAACCAUGUAAUGAUGCAGUGUUACAUUUUGUACGGAGUAAAUAUAUUAACAAACUAAUUUGAUUUUUAUGCCAUAGUAAUACAGCUUUCUUAUUUUGUUUAUCUAACAAAUUAAGUUGAAACAUAAGCAGAAAUGUACCUAACUCAUGUAGCUGAAAUUCCAAAUUUACUUUUUCACAGUUUCUACUUCUGGACUAUUUUCCAUAUUGUUGUAUGUUUUUGAGCUGGGUAACUUAAGGGUAAAAAGGUUGUGAAUUGACAUUUUUUGAAGGUAUUUGAAAGUGUCCAUUUAUUUCUAUCUGCUGUCUAUAGAAUGCUUAUGGCAUGUUAAAUAUGCAUUAUUUUUCCGAAUAUGGAUGUAUUCAUGUACAUCUAAUAUUUGUUUGAAGGAGUAGCAAUGUUUUACUAAAGUUCUGUUGAUAUAACAAUGUGGACAUUCAUAUGAAGUAAAGACAAAGCCAAACUAUUGAAAUUUA